AUGUCCACUACUGUACCAGUCAAGAAGAGUGUACUCUUUGUAUGCUUAGGAAAUAUUUGUAGGUCUCCAAUGGCAGAGAUUGUAUUCAGAGCAUUGGUCGCAGAACGCGACUUGUUGGAUCAUUGGCAUAUUGAUUCGGCUGGAACAUCAGCUUAUCACAUUGGUGAAGCACCUGAUGAGAGGAGUGUGGAGACUUGUAGUACAUUGAUGUCGUCUACAGUGUCAAAGAAGGCACACGAUCAUUUCAAGUCGUUGAAACUGCAUCGUGCCAGACAGUUGGUGACCGAGGACUUUAGCACAUUCGACUAUAUCUUUGCGAUGGACGGCAAUAACCUGACCAACAUCAAGCGUCUCAAUGAGAGGUCCCACCAUCAGAAGCAUGGCUUUCCCAGCAAAUCCGUCAUAAAGCGCAUUGGAGAAUACCAUCCGGAGGAACGAUACCUCAACGUUGAAGACCCUUACUAUGGCGACAUGUCUGGAUUCAAGGUCAACUACCAGCAACUACUCAUUUCAUGUACCAGAUUCCUGGACGAGGUCCAAUCCUCCUCCUCC